AUGGCCGCUGCGGCCCCUACCCAAGCCAUGUCUGGACUCCAGAUUGCCACUGCGUCCAAGACGAAGGAGCUCAAGGGCACCGAGAAGCGCGAUAGCCUGAUCACCAUCGAGAAGAAGUACCAGCAAGCUUGGGAAGAAGACCACCUCUUCGAGCCGGAUGCACCGUCCACCAGGGACUUCCCUCUUCACACCAUCUCGCCUGCAGAGCUCCGGGAGAAGUACCCCAAAUACUUUGGAUGCAUCGCAUACCCCUACAUGAACGGUGUUCUCCACGUCGGACAUGCCUUCAGCUAUAGCAAGGUCGAGUUCACCAUCGGCUUCAACAGAAUGCUGGGAAAGAGGACCCUGUUCCCGCAAGGAUUCCACUGCACUGGCCUUCCUAUCAAGGCUUGUGCCGACAAGCUCGCCGACGAGAUCAAGUUGUUUGGCCAAGAAUUCGAGAACUACAAGGAGGAAGAGGAGGUUGUCGAGGUGGAUGCCACGAAAGCCGUCGCACAGCAAGGAAGCCAGCGCGAGGACGUGACCAAGUUCUCCGCCACGAAAGGCAAGGCCGCGGCCAAGACGGUCAAAGCCAAGUACCAGUUCCAGAUCAUGAAGACCAUGGGCAUCCCCAAGGAGGAGAUUCACAGGUUUUCCGAUGCGAGCUAUUGGCUGGAGUACUUCCCGCCGCUGUGCAAGCAGCAUCUCACGUCUCUGGGCUGCCGUAUUGACUGGCGCCGCCAGUUUGUCACGACGGAUGCCAAUCCCUACUACGACCGCUUCGUUUCUUGGCAAAUGACUCUGCUCCGUGACCUCAAGAAGGUCAAGUUCGGCAAGAGGUACACUAUCUACUCCGUCAAGGAUGGCCAGCCCUGCAUGGAUCACGACCGAAGUGAAGGCGAGGGUGUCGGACCCCAAGAAUAUACGGCUCUUAAGCUCCGUGUUCUGGAGUGGUCCUCCAAGGCCGCCGACGCCAUCAAGGGCAAGAUCCCUGAAGAUGCAAGCGUGUUCUUGGUCCCUGCAACCCUGCGCCCGGAGACCAUGUACGGCCAAACGUGCUGCUUCAUCGGCCCUAAGAUCACGUACGGUCUCUUCAAGGCCUCCGAGAAGGAAUACUAUGUUGUCACUGCCCGGGCAGCCAAGAACAUGGCUUUCCAGGGCAUUCUAGCGGCCGAUGGGGCCAUCCCCGAGGCAGCCGCCGAGCUUGUGGGCUCAGACAUGGUUGGCACCCUGGUCAACGCUCCCUUGUCAGUUCACAAGGACGGCGUUCGCGUUCUUCCUAUGGAGAAUGUCCUGCCUACCAAGGGUACUGGUGUGGUCACCUCUGUACCCUCUGACAGCCCUGACGAUUUCUGUACCGUCACUGAGCUUGCCAAGAAGCCUGAAUACUAUGGCAUCCAGAAGGAGUGGGCCGAGAAGGAGAUCGUUCCUAUUAUCGACACCCCUUCGUACGGUGACCUCUGCGCGCCUUUCCUGGUCAAGAAGCUCAAGAUUGCUUCGCCCAAGGACGUCAAGCAGCUGGAAGAGGCCAAGAACCUGGCAUACACCGAGGGCUUCUACAAGGGAGUCAUGAAGGUUGGCGACCACACCGGACUGAGCGUUGAAAAGGCCAAGCCGCUUGUUAGGCAAAGCCUUAUCGAUGCUGGCGAGGCCUUUGCCUACGCUGAGCCCGAGAAGAAGGUUGUCAGCCGCUCCGGCGAUGAGUGCAUCACUGCCCUGCUCGACCAGUGGUACCUCGACUACGGCGAGGACUCUUGGAGGCGGGAAGCACUCAAAUUUGUCGAGAAUGCAGAUGGCAAGGGUCUCAACACGUAUACCUCGGAGACCAAGCAUGCUUUCGUGGGUGUGCUGAACUGGCUUAACCAAUGGGCCUGCGCUCGGACUUAUGGUCUGGGUUCCAAGCUUCCUUGGGAUCCCCAGUUCCUGGUGGAGAGUCUGUCGGACAGCACGAUCUACAUGAGCUACUAUACCUUUGCGCACUACCUGCACUCGGACAUGUUUGGUAGGCAGAAGGGUAUCGGCAACAUUGCCGCCGAGCAGAUGAUCGAUCCUGUCUGGGACUAUCUCUUCUGCCGCCGCGAUAUGGGCGAGGACGUUCUGGCCAGUGGCAUCCCUCGCGAGACUCUCGAGGACAUGCGGCGCCAGUUUGAGUACUUCUACCCGCUGGAUCUCCGCGUCAGUGGCAAGGAUCUCAUCAACAACCAUCUGACCUUCUGCAUCUACAACCACUUGGCCAUCUUCCCUCGAGAGUACUGGAUCAAGUCGAUUCGAUGCAAUGGCCAUCUACUCCUAAACGGCCAGAAGAUGUCGAAGAGCACUGGCAACUUCAUGACCCUGGACGAGGCGACGAAGAAGUUCGGCGCAGACGCGACGCGUCUGGCUCUGGCCGAUGCUGGUGACACCAUUGGAGACGCCAACUUCGACGAGGAUGUAGCAGACGCCACCAUCUUGCGUCUGUUCACGUCGAGAGAAUGGAUCGAGGACACCCUCAAGGAUGAGGCGCAGCUCCGUACCGGCGCGACGAACAGCUUCCAGGAUGCUCUCUUCCGCAACGAGCUCCACCGCCUGGUGCACGAAGCCAAGGGCCACUACGUCGAUACGAACUACAAGCUUGCCGUCCAGAGCUCGUGGUACAACGUCCUCUCUGCGCUGAGCUUCUACCGUGAGUCUUGCGCAGCGGCCGGCAUCGCCCUGCACAAGGAUCUGAUCUACGAGUACAUCGAGCUGCAGGCUCUGAUGCUCACCCCCAUCACGCCCCACUGGAGCGAGUACAUCUGGCUUGAGGUGCUCAAGAAGCCGCAGUCGAUCCAGCUCGCCCGCUGGCCCGAGGUGCCGGCGGCGAAGGCGGGCCUGUCGGCGGAGUGGGACUACGCCAAGGGCACGGCGAGCAGCAUCAACUCGGCCGAGAGCCAGCAGCUCAAGCGGCGGGCCAAGGGCAAGGCGACGAGCUACGACCCCAAGCAGCCCAAGAAGCUGAGCAUCUACACGACGGACAAGUUCCCGGCCUGGCAGGAGAAGUACAUCGAGCUCAUGAAGGAGAUGUGGGACCCGGCGACCCGGUCGGUCGACGACAAGGCCAUGAACCCGCGCAUCGCCAAGAUGGGCGAGAUGAAGAAGGCGAUGCCGUUUGUGCAGAACCUCAAGCGGCGGCUGCAGACGGGCGAGGAGGCCGACAGCGUGCUCAACCGCAAGCUGGCCUUUGACGAGCAGGCGACGCUGCUGGCCAUGGUGCCCGGCCUCAAGCGCACGGCGGGCUUCCAGUCGGUGGCGGUCAUCCUCGUCGAGGAGGGCGGCAAGAAGGGCAAGGACCUCAUGGAUGGCGGCAAGGAGGUUGAGAUCACGUCGGCUUUGGCUGAGAAUGCAGUUCCCGGGGACCCGACCUUCUUCUUUGAGAAUGUUGCCGCAUGA